CCUGUGCCAACAGCACUGGCUCAGGUUGACCGUGAAAAGAUCUACCAGUGGAUCAAUGAGCUGUCCAGCCCCGAGACACGGGAGAAUGCGCUGCUGGAGCUGAGCAAGAAGCGUGAAUCUGUGCCUGACCUUGCCCCGAUGCUGUGGCACUCGUUUGGCACGAUCGCAGCGCUCCUUCAGGAAAUUGUAAAUAUUUAUCCAUCAAUCAACCCUCCAACUUUGACAGCCCAUCAGUCCAACAGAGUCUGCAAUGCUUUAGCUCUACUACAGUGUGUUGCAUCGCAUCCUGAAACAAGGUCAGCUUUUCUGGCAGCUCAUAUCCCUCUCUUCCUGUACCCCUUCUUGCACACAGUUAGCAAGACACGUCCGUUUGAGUACCUGCGGCUCACGAGCCUUGGAGUGAUUGGGGCCUUGGUGAAAACUGAUGAGCAAGAAGUAAUAAAUUUCUUAUUGACAACAGAAAUUAUCCCGCUAUGCUUACGCAUUAUGGAGUCUGGCAGUGAACUCUCCAAAACGGUUGCUACGUUUAUUCUUCAGAAAAUUCUCCUGGAUGACACAGGGCUGGCAUAUAUCUGUCAGACUUACGAGCGGUUUUCCCAUGUUGCCAUGAUACUGGGUAAAAUGGUCCUGCAGCUCUCCAAGGAGCCAUCGGCACGGCUGCUGAAACACGUCGUCCGCUGCUACCUUCGCCUUUCCGAUAACCCCAGGGCACGUGAAGCUCUCAGGCAGUGCCUUCCUGACCAACUGAAGGACACCACCUUUGCCCAGGUCCUGAAGGAUGACACCACCACAAAGCGCUGGCUGGCUCAGCUCGUCAAGAACCUGCAAGAGGGUCAAGUCACUGACCCACGGGGCAUCCCUCUUCCUCCGCAAUGACUGCUGGGGGAGUUGGGGGACCGGGGAAGAAACAGCUCAGGUUUACAAAGAACCAGGAACAGGUGACCUCUUCCACAACAAACUGGGCACGCCAGCUGGCUGCUGGCCUGUCGGACCAUCCCGCCCAGCCCAAGGGCUGCGCUGUAGCAACAAUGCAGCAUGCCUCUGGGGAUCGCAACACCAGCAAAUGCUGAUACUACAGCUUCAAAAAAA